GACAGAGGACUUAUGUUCAACGAUGUGUUAGCAUCACUGGCAUUAAACCGACACCUGGUUAGUAACUUGGCCGGUAGACAAAAUAAACCCCCCCCGCCCUUACUCCACCGGGCAGCCUGGCAGCAGCAGCUAUGUUGUCUCGAACAGCCCUGAGCAGAGGAAUUACAGCCCACCGCCUCAGUAAAAAUGUCACUUUCUACGUGAACGAAAUAGCAUCUCCAGCCUCGGGAUGUAAGACCAAAGCCUCUCAAGACCUUAAACCUCUCAUGCUGAUGCUGCCGUGGUUGGGUUCGCGUCCCCAAGCUGUUGCCAAGUACUGCGAAAUCUACUUCCGCACCGGCUUCGAUGUGCUUGUAGUGGAGAGUGAGGUGCAAGAGUUCCUUUGGCCUCGCUGGGGUCUGGAUCAUGGAAAGAGUUUGCUGGAGUUGCUCCAGAGCGAGCGCUUCGCAUCCCGCCCACUUCUUGUCCAUGCCUUCUCUAUCGGUGGCUACACAUUUGGUCAACUGCUGGUGCACGUCUCCCGGGACACACAGAAAUAUCAGUCGCUCACUAAGAGGAUCAAAGGCCAAGUCUUCGAUAGCUUGGUGGUGGGCUCUCUGGAGACGAUGGCCAUAGGUCUAGGGAAGACUGUGUUUCCUCGUUUUGAGACUCUGGUCAAAAAGAUAAGCAUGCUGUACUUUGGCAUGUUCAAACACCAAACGGUGGACUAUUUUAACACAAGCAUCGAUGUGUUUUGGAACACUCCUAUCCCUGCUCCUGCACUCUUCUUCUUUUGCGAGAACGAUCCGUUAAGCGACGCACGAUCUAUGGAGGAUCUGAUUGAUUACUGGCGGAAGUGUGGGAUAAACAUCACAGCAAAGAAGUGGGAGGAUUCAACACAUGCAGGUCACCUAAAGAGGCACCCACAAGAGUAUCUGACCACCCUCGACUCGUUCCUCUCUUCACUCCAAAUCACUCCGUUGAAGGCCAAAAUGUAAGAUGGUUUCAUUACAACCUAAUGCCAUAUUAGCUUGACUUUUCUUAAACUUAAAACUUAAAAUGUGUGUUAGCUUAUGGUGUGUUGCUAUAUAGAUUCAUCGUCAGCUAUCAGUUCUGUUCAUUUUAAUUCAAGCUUGAUGAUUCCAAAUUGGGACUGUGUGUGGGGUAAAGUUGUGCUUGAAAAUAAGAGGUUGGGGGGUAGCACUUUGCAAAGUUUCUGCAGGAAGUACUGCAGUUUUGCGUCUUAGUGUGAAUAUAGCUCAAAGACUUUUUGAAACUUAUGAUUCAUUGACCUGAUUAAUAGAGUCUCAAAGAAAAAGUGUGUUCCAAUACCACAGCAAUCACUGGUUAUGGACAAAGAUAUUAGGACACUCAGGACAAACUCCUUAACAAAGCAUCUGUUUUUUUAAACUUGUCUGACAUUGUCUGAAUUCUGUACCCUUGAUUCUGUUUACACGUUGGUUGUACUCUCAUCUCAGGAAGCAAAUUGCUGCUUUGAAUAAGUUGCAUAGUAAAGGUGUAGAGUUAAAUUUCUCACAUUGGCACAGUGACGGCAAACACAGGGAAAUGAAACCUGUCCAGUGUCUUCACCGAAUGUCACGAUGUUGAGAAACCUCUUCACAUUACAGUUUCCAGUCAAUAAUGUAUAUAGCCAGAAAGGAGAUUUAUAGUGCAAUACAAAGGUUAUUUUGUGAAACAGAAAAUGAGCCAUUGUGCAUGCUUUGUUUUUCUACUUUCUCUACGCAAGAACACACAACCUUUCAUAUAUAUGCAAACAAUCUUCAGGGAUCACUGAUUGUUUUGACCCGUGCCAUGAAGAAUAUCUCUUCUUCCACAACGAAUUCCACCUUGUAGGUGUUUGUUGACCCUGCUGAACAAUAACCAUUUGAUAACACCCUAACACCCUCCAGUUCACAUGGCUCCUUCAGACAGAGGUGUCUCAAGAGGUUAUUUUUUAUACUUUCUUUACCAAACAUGUUACAUUACACUGAUAACCUGUGAUAUCCAUCAGUUAUACGGGUGUUUUCCAAAACUGUCAGACUUUACAAAGGUUUACCUGUCUUCAAUUUUAAUGAGCCCCGUCUGCGUCUGUUACACUAUACCAGAUAACCUCCAAAAUGUCUUGAAGGUGGUUGUUGAACACUAAAGCUUUGUCUUUCAUAACUUGAACUUGAAUACUUUAUGUGCAAUUAUAUUCCAAACAAGUUUUUGUCAACAUUUUAUCGUGCCUUUUGUGUGGUUUGGAAAUAAAUAUG